CACUCUCUCCGUCAAGGACGGGAAUCCACCGGAAUUACUCUCUUCGUCCACAAUUCACCGGAUUAAAAUGACCAGCUCCGUCUACAACUCACCGGAAUUCGAGUUUUGGCGUGACACGAACCGUUCAUCAACUCAGCCCAACGUAAAUCUCAUUUCCGCCGACGAGUUGUUUCACGACGGCAUUCUUCUUCCUCUACACUUCCUAAACCUCAAACCCGACCCGGACCCAUCUCCACCCGCUUCUGACCCGCCUGCUUCUUUAAUCCCGGAGCCUGAGUCAGUACCCGGACCCGAAUUGACCCGAGAAACGGCUUCGAAGCGGUGGAGAGGUUUGUUCAGAAAGAGCGAGAACAAACCGCCGGUGAAAAACCGGAAAGAGAACAUGAAAAGGGAGAAGAAAACCGGGUCGGGUUCGGGCUUAACAGCAGCGGCUGAGCUGAACAUCAACAUCUGGCCGUUUUCCAGAAGCAGAUCCGCCGGGAAUAAAUUAACCCGACCCAGAAUGUCGUUCGGAGCUCCGAAGACCCGGAAAAUAAGCAGCGCGCCGUGUUCCCGGAGCAACUCCGCCGGCGAAUCGAAAUCGAGGAAGUGGCCAAACAGUCCGGUUCGAGGCGGUGUGCAUUUGGGUCGGAGCAGCCCGGUUUGGCAGGUCCGGCGCGUAGAUCCGACGGGUAAACCGAUGUCGGGUUGGGUCGGCGAGAGAACGAUGGGGAAAAUGGAAAUUAGAGAGGUGAGAAGGGGUAAAACAGUUAAAGAAGAUAAUAAACCGAAAGUAUUGAGUUUAAAUGCGCCGGUUUGCACCGGAUCUCGGAGUCGAUUAAGCUGCAGGGACGAUGAGAAUGGAAGUGGUAAUAGUAACGUUGCUGCUGCUUCAAGUGCUAAUAGUCUAUUUGGCUUCCGUAAUCUCUUUAUUAAGAAAGUUUAUUGACUUUUGGUUAGUAAUUAUUCAAACGUUUAACGUCAAAUCAGCCAUCUGAUUAUUAAUUACUCUCCAGAGUCUGUUUUAUUGUUAUGGAUUUGGGCAGA